AUGUCAUCGAACGGGAUUUGUUAUGAGUUCCAACGAACGGGCAGCUGCAGGAAGCUCAACUGCAGGUUCCGGCACUGCAGAGACGACCGAAUGCCCAUAGAAAGCAACGCUGUAAACCAGCCUCGGCAACCAAAUCGUCUGUCCCAAGCAGAAAGAGAGCUUCGACAAUGGCACAAUGAAGUUGUGAAUAAAUCAUUUACACGAGGCUCUGAUAGAAAACUCCAAGAGUUCUUCGUGAGUGCGCGUCGUCUCAUUGAGACUGAUCCAGAAUCCAUGCAAGAUGUAAUUCAGACUCUCGCUGAAGAGCAAGGUCUGCAUAUCAUUCUCAUCCUGCUACAACAAAGUUUCGAGAACAUCGAAAAUGACCACAUCUUCAGCUUGCAGGUUAUGCCCUUUCUGGAAAUUAUCACACAUGAGAAGGUCCUGAGCUCGAUGAUCCUGAGAAAACAUGUGGGCACAAUCUACGCCUCCUUAUUCGGUCUCAAUGGAACUUUAGCAGCCGAGAUCCUCGGAAAAUUGUGCAACAUCCUCGAAAGACCUGCUCAAGACGAGACAAUUGCCCGAAAAUUGGAGGUGUGCCUGAUAUUCUUUGCUCGUAUCGUGGAUCUCAACUCGACGGCUUUGAUCCAACCAAGUCUGCACAAACUUGCAAAGCGGUUCGACGAGAUUUACCACAUGAUCCUCAUUGCUCUUGGAGGAAAUGAACUUCACCAAAGUUGUGCUCACUUAACCCGUCUCCAACUUCGCCUAGGUGUUGGAUACUCAAUCCCGAAGGCGUCGACCAAAACUACGGAAACACUCCGUCACCCCCUCUCCCUUCAGCGUGACGGCCCUGGCGGACGUCACAGCAACGAUCAUGCCAACAUCCGUGAUAUUGAGAUCAUGCCAAGUUACGAAGAGAUAUCCUCUAUUCGCUCAGAGUAUCUGCCAGUGUACGAUCCAGCACAGUGGCAUCUCGACGGCUUGGAUGGUCUGCUUGAUAGAAAUUUUCGCCUUCUCAGGGAGGAUACCGUCGGUCAGGUUCGCAAUGCUAUCCACAAGACUAUCGACAACCCGUCUCAGGCACAGAAGUUUGUUUAUACCGGAGUGACUAUUGUUGACUGCCGUUUCGACUGGCGUGCGGGACUUGAGGUCGACAUCAGGUUCCCUCAACCCAUCGAGGUACGAGAGAAAACGCCCCUUGAACGAGAAGCUUGGUGGGAAGCCUCCAAAUGCCUGCAGCCGGGUGCCCUUGUAUGCUUGGUAAACCACCAAAUGAAAAAGCUUUUGUUUUGCACAGUUGCCGAUGAAAAAGGUCCCAGGUAUGAUGUCAACGGCGAGAAAGAGAAACCCGGAAGUUCAUUGUGGAGGCGACAAAAGACUGCUUCAACUGCAUUAGUGCUUGUUGAUCCCCAGGAUAUGAACGUGAAAACCGUUCUGGAUCUAUACGGUGAAUUCGGUUUCAGCUCAUCUCUUUUGGAAUUCCCUGGGGUCCUUUUGCCAGGAUUUGAGCCAACACUGAGGGCUCUCCAACUGAUUAAAGAUCUGCCUUUUUCAGAUCUUCUCAUGCCUUCACCGGAUCUUUCGCAUCUCAGUCCUCCGUUGUAUUCUCGGAGACCCGGGUUCAUGUUCAAUCUUGCAUCUUUAAAGAAAAACCAAGAUGCUUUCUUCGUUCACCCAAGUCAACCAGUCGAUUUACAAAAAUUGAGCGAAAAUUCGACCUUGGAUGAAGCUCAAGCUGCAGCCCUCGUUCAUUGUCUACAAAACAAGAUUGGCCUAAUUCAAGGACCACCUGGCACGGGCAAGAGCUACAUCGGAGCAGCCUUGAUUAAAGUUCUUCUAGACAGCAAGGAGCAAGGCCAGCCACGGGCAAGGCCGUGUCUCGGCCCAAUUAUCUGUGUGACUUUCACUAAUCAUGCAUUGGAUCAAUUGCUGGAAGCAUUGAUAGACAAGAAAAUCACUUCAAAUAUCAUUCGAAUCGGUGGUCAGUCCAAGUCAGAAAGAUUAACUUCACUGAACUUAUGCAAUGUUGCAAAAGGAGUGGAGAAAACAAAGAUGGAGAAGAGCUCCACAUAUCGGGAGCGUCGUGCGAUGCAGCAGGAUGAAAUCGACUUCAACAAACUUUGUCUCCAGAAAGAAGCUUCUCAUGCCGAGUUGAUCAACUUUCUUCGCAUAUUUUAUCCGCACCAUGCCCAACAAUUGUUUGGAGAGGAUGCAGAUGGAGUUCGGUCUACGAUGUCCAGACCCCCUGGCUCUAUCAUCAGAGGUUGGGCGAUAUCAGGUACAAAGACAAAGACUGAACCUCGCAGCGUGGAAGAAUUAGAGCCGGCUCAUCUGCACCGCAUGUCUCACGACGAACGCCGGAUAAUAUACAGCCAUUGGACUGAAGAAAUCCGGGCAACGGCCCACAAAACGGCCGCUGAAACGGUCAAAUUACACAAUGCACAUAAGUCACGCUACAGCCAAAUCCAAAAUGAGUUGUAUCUUCGAUGUCUGCAAGAUGCGGAUGUUGUAGGAAUGACGACCUCGGGUCUUGCGAGACGAUUGGAGAUGCUUCAAAAUCUACAGUGCAAGGUGGUCUUAUGUGAGGAGGCCGGGGAAGUCCUCGAGCCUCAUCUUUUGACAGCUAUUCUGCCUAAAGUAGAGCAUUUGAUCCUCAUUGGGGACCAUCAACAAUUGCCUCCGCAUGUUGAGAGCUACGAUCUCUGCAGAGCAAAUCCCAAUGGUGGUGAAAAAUAUUCCCUCGACGUAUCUCUGUUUGAGAGAUUGGUGGAUUCGAGCGACAAUCCAAUGGGCUGUGGACUACCUUUCAAAGUCUUAGAGACACAGCGAAGAAUGCAUUCUUCAAUUGCACAGCUGAUUCGUGGUCCUUUGUACCCGCGCCUUAAGGAUCACCAGGUUGUUUCAAACUACCCUGAAGUGUCUGGCAUGAAGAGAAGACUAUUUUGGCUGGAUCAUCGAGUCCUAGAAGGCCAGAUUUCGAAUGCAGGAGACACGUUGACCUCUCGUUCUUAUUGGAAUCAAUUUGAAAUCGACAUGACAGUUGCGCUUGUCAACCACCUCGUUCGCCAGGGCGGAUACAAUGAGCGGGACAUUGCUGUUUUGACCCCCUAUCUGGGCCAGUUACACAGGCUGCGACAGAAGAUGAGCGAUUGGGUUAUCCUUGGGUUGAGUAAACAGGACCAAGAUGAUCUCGAAAAAGCCGGCUUCGAAUAUCUGCCCGCAAAAAAUACACCAAUUGUGCAAAAACCUUCGGUUGUCCAAACGCCUCUAUCUCGCGUUUUGAGGGUUUCAACAGUAGACAACUUUCAAGGAGAGGAGGCCAAAGUGGUGAUUGUAUCACUUGUCAGAAGCAACAAGGCGCAUAACUGUGGCUUUUUGCGCGCUCCUAAUCGCAUUAAUGUCCUUCUGUCCCGGGCUAAACAUGGGAUGUACAUUAUCGGCAACUCCGAGACAUUGAGGCACAUCGAAAUCUGGGCCCAGAUUUUCUUCGGCUCUCGCCCGAAGGAGGCUGUGAUCUACAUUGUUCCGAACGUCUACUAUGUGGCCAUCCUUGCCCACAAAAAUGUCAUUCUGAUAUUCUGCACAGUGCAGUUAAGUGCCUGGAGCCUUGCGGACGGCAUCCACACGGGUGCCAUCAUGUAUGUCCAAACGCAUGUGGCGAUCCCUGCCCAGAGAAGUGCAUGGUCAACGUUGACCAAGAAGGCCUCAAGCUCAAAUGCGGCCAUAUCAUAA